AUGGCCGAGGGGCUUUACGAUCUCCUCCGGCAACAUUUGCCAACGGCAGAUCAGGAGGAAGACCGCUUGCCAACUCCUGAACAAGCCAGAUAUCUGUCCCGAGUAUUGUCCCUUCGCCUCGCAGAUCUGACCGGGACCGAGCCAGAGUCUUUGCAACAGUCGAUCCAUAGCAAUAAUGUGUCGAUACAGGCCCUCAGCUCAAGGUCGUACCGCACAACAACGGCUUCUUUCGAACACCUGAACACUCUUGGCAGUGCUCUUCAAGGAAUCUCGUCUUCCGUGACGGAUAUCAGGAAUGCCGUACCACAGCUUGACGAGACCGCUGUAAAAUUUGCUACAUCCUACAGCAAGAUUUCCGACGCCAAUCAAGCUUUGGAAGCGCGCAAGAAAUCGAUGUUGCUCGCUCGCCAGGCAGACAAAGUCCAGGACAUUGUUGAACUGCCCGCCUUGCUGUCUACAGCUAUUGCGUCUGCAAGCACCACGACAUCUGGAGGAGCCAAUUAUUCUCAGGCAUUAGACCUUUUCGCCCACAUCAAGAGGCUGCAGAUCUUGUACCCCGAUUCUAAGCUUGUUAAGAAAGUCCAACAGCAGGCCAAGGCGGCGAUGAAGGAGAUGACGACGAACCUCCUCAACUCAUUGAGAAAUCAGAGCAUAAGACUGGCAGCAGCAAUCAGGACUAUUGGCUGGCUUCGAAGGGUUUUGCCGGAGCUGGCUAACAAAGACCAACUAUCACCCGCUGCCGCUUCAACAACUACACUGACAACUUCAGCUGCAUCGCACCAAGAUGAGGAUGAUUUUGGAGCUAUCUUCCUCUGCGCUCGGCUCUGCACUUUUCUGGCCAUGACCGAAGCGUUGAGCCCGCUACGUGAUCUUGGAGAUCAAGAGACUGCCAGGCGCUUGCAGCAGCCAGACGGCAGUAAGACUACCGAGCCCGCCCGCCGCCCCUCCCACCAACAAGGCUACUCAUUUCAAGGCCAGCAGACCGAGAGAUAUCUCAAGCGAUACAUUGAGAUCUUCCGCGAGCAGUCCUUCUCUACAAUCUCCAUGUUCCGCAACAUUUUCCCACCAUCAGAAGACAAGGCUUCUGAGGAGGAUCUGCUUCCGCUACCAUCCGCCCUGGCUACUUUUCCCCUACAUCUUGUCAACGUCUUCAUGGAGACACUUCGUGAAUAUCUCCCCAAUGUUACGGACUCAGCAGCUAGAGAGAGCUUGCUGAUGCAAGUGCUUUACGCAGCCAACAGUCUUGGUCGACUCGGCGCCGACUUCAGCAUGAUGAUCGCGACGCUCGCGCCAACCAGCAACGUCGGCGGCGCAGAAGACAACGAGACUGAGCCUGAGUGGCUCAAGAUCAUCAAGAAGCAUAAAGUGCAGGCUGCGAGACUGGAGGCCAUGGCGGCGGGUCAGGAACAGUCCACUGCUGGUACAACAUCGGUAAAUAUCGCCGUCCGCUGA